AUGACGAAAGUGCCCAUCUCCUUCCCUCUAAAGAAAAGGUUCCAAGUACCAACCUUCAAACGUUUACACGGAACUCUGCACUGCAAAGCCAAAGCUCUCUGUUUUCCACAUUACGUGAAGAUGGCCAGCCUCUUCUGCUAUCGUGAUUCAUGCCCAUCUGUGAAGAACAUUCUUCUUCUAGAUUCUGAAGGCAAGCGUGUAGCUGUCAAGUAUUUCUCAGAUGAUUGGCCAACAAAUGGUGCAAAGUUAGCUUUUGAAAAAUCUAUUUUCACCAAGACUCUGAAGACAAAUGCUCGGAUAGAAGCGGAGAUAAUGAUGUUUGACAGCAAUGUCAUUAUAUAUAAGUUCAUACAGGACCUCCACUUCUUUGUGACUGGAGGUGAUGAUGAAAACGAACUCAUUUUAGCCACAGUCCUUCAGGGGUUCUUUGAUGCAGUUGCCCUUCUCUUGAGGAACAAUGUCGACAAAAGGGAGGCACUAGAGAAUCUGGAUCUUAUUCUUCUAUGCUUUGAUGAGAUUGUUGAUGGGGGGAUGGUACUUGAAACCGAUCCGAGUAUUAUUGCAGGAAAGGUGGCAACUCAUACCAUGGAUGCCGAUGCACCCUUGUCUGAGCAGACCAUAACACAAGCAUGGGCUACAGCAAGGGAACAUCUAACCAGAACCCUUCUCAAGUGA